AAAUAAAAAAAAGACUAACAAAAAUCAAAAAAUGUCUAAUUAUAUCUUUCCAUAUUUAAGUCCCAUAAAGGAUUUAUGGAAUUAUUUAACCGUAGAUUAAAACCAACAAAAAUUAUUUGAAUACCGUCAACAUACGGGUUCCUUAGGUACAGACUGGGUAUCUCGUUAUUUGUAUUCUGAGCAAGACAUCUUAAAUGAGAGAUACUUAUAUUUGCACAAAUAAUUUAACGAAGAACCUGAAUUAAUGAAUGUUUUAACAGAUAAUAUAUAUAGACUUAGUUUAUUUGCUGGUUUGGAAAGAAUAAUAACUUUAAGAUAGGCUUUUAUUUGUACUCGUGCUUAAUUUUAAUUUGCUGGAAAUUCUUUCUAGUCUGCAGCUUAAGUAGUACUUAAUGGAGGUAUUUUUACUCAGGGAUUUUACAAGGGAUCUUUUUUGAAUUUAUUAUAAUUUUAUUUGGUACCUUAUUAAGCAUUAAUUUGGAGUUAAAAAGGAGGAUUUUUGGCUUAAUUAGCUGCUACUUCGGCAUUCGAAGCUCUCUUUUAUCCAUUAGAUACACUCAAAACAGCUGUUUAUUGUGAUACUGUUGGCAAAUAUGAUGGUUGGUUUAGCACUUUGAAGGAUUUGAUGGCUAAGAAAGGAGGAUUAUAGGGACUUUUUAGAGGAGUGGAGUAUAAACUAGGGUAUAAUUUAAUCUUUUUGGCACACUUAAGAGCUGUUUAUGACAAUUCAAGUUUGUAAUGGUUAAGUUGGCCUGCCUGGAUAGCUUCUUACGGGCUUUUAAGUAUGAAAAGUAAACUUUAGAUCGCUGAUAGUAGUGUUUCUUUGGCUAAUUUAUAAGAAAGUACAAGAUUGAGAUUCUGCUAGACUUAUGCAGGAGUUGUUCCUUGGGCAGUAUUUAAUUAUUUCUUUAUGUAUUAAUUCUAUGGAUGGUAUUCGGAUUAAGCAAAGAAUAAUAAGUUUGAAGAAUUAGUUGAAGAAGGAAAUAAAAGAAAAAGUCCUUUUUAAUAAAAAGUAUUAGUUAGUUGAUUUUGUUUUGUUUUAUUUUUAG